ACUGCGACACGGGGCCUGGGCCGCCCCCGCUGCCGGGCAGCCUUUUCUUCGCCGAGCGGCGUUGCUGUUCAUCCCGGCUGGUCCAGGGCGGGGAAAGGCGGAGGGCCUCCGUCGCAGGAGAAAACUGCUGGAGACGAUGCUUGUAUGAUUCUAAGGAACAGUGACAGAAUGUCAGCUCUCAACUGGAAGCCCUUUGUCUAUGGAGGGCUGGCCUCCAUCACAGCUGAAUGUGGCACCUUUCCAAUCGAUUUAACCAAGACACGGCUCCAGAUACAAGGCCAGAGGAAUGAUGCAAACUUUAGAGAAAUCAAGUAUCGAGGAAUGUUGCACGCUUUAGUAAGGAUAGGCAGAGAAGAAGGGCUGAAGGCAUUGUAUUCAGGGAUUGCCCCUGCAAUGCUGCGCCAGGCUUCCUAUGGCACCAUCAAGAUCGGCACUUACCAGAGCUUGAAGCGAUUGUUUGUUGAGCGCCCUGAAGAUGAAACCCUACUGAUCAAUGUCAUAUGUGGGAUUCUCUCUGGAGUCAUAUCCUCAGCCAUUGCUAAUCCAACUGAUGUUUUGAAAAUACGAAUGCAAGCACAAAAUAGCACCAUUCAAGGAGGAAUGAUAGGCAACUUCAUUAACAUUUACCAGCAGGAAGGGACAAGAGGACUCUGGAAGGGUGUGUCCCUUACAGCUCAGAGAGCUGCCAUUGUUGUUGGUGUGGAACUGCCGGUCUAUGACAUCACCAAGAAGCAUCUGAUUCUCUCAGGCCUGAUGGGGGACACUGUAUAUACCCACUUCCUCUCAAGCUUUACCUGUGGUCUAGUGGGGGCCCUGGCCUCAAACCCUGUCGAUGUUGUGAGAACCCGUAUGAUGAAUCAGAGAGUCCUUCGAGAUGGCAAAUGCUCUGGCUACACAGGUACCCUGGAUUGCUUGUUACAGACAUGGAAGAAUGAAGGUUUUUUUGCUCUCUAUAAAGGAUUUUGGCCAAAUUGGUUGAGGCUUGGUCCUUGGAAUAUCAUCUUUUUUGUGACAUAUGAACAGCUGAAGAGAUUGGACUUGUGACAAGUCCAAGGGACACCCCUCUGAAAAUGCUAACUUCUGCAACAGUAGAGCUUUUGGCAUUUCUCUGCUUCUCACUGCUCAGUUCAUCACAGAUUCUGGGAUGGGAGCAACAGGUGAAGAUUGGGGUUAGUUCAGAUUGCUGUGUGUUGGCAUCAGAUGCCUUUCAUCAGCGUUUAAUGGCCUAAACUGUAACAUCCCAACACUAGUCGCUGCCAUUGAAGUGCCCUUCGACAUCCAAGAUAAUACAUGAAAUGCAUGUUUCUUAUUAAAGAAAAUCAGAAAUGUAUACCA